AUGGCUGCUAUUGUCAAGGCGAUCAACGCAAAGAUCAGGUCCAACCCUGUGUCGGACUAUGUCUGCUCUACCCGUACGCCCCCGGCGCUUACGGACCACGAUACUCCGGUGCCGGCCGCUCGCGAUAGCUUCAAGAUGGACGUUGGACGGCAAGCUAACCCGUCACGCACCGCAGAUUUCUGGGGCCCCGUCUCCAACUUUGGUAUCCCUCUGGCCGCUGUCAUGGACACCCAAAAGUCCCCCGACCUGAUUUCCGGCCAGAUGACGGGCGCUCUCUGCAUCUACUCUGCCACCUUCAUGCGCUACUCCCUCGCCGUCUCGCCCAAGAACUACCUCCUCUUCAUGUGCCACUUCAUCAACGAGGGCGCCCAGCUUACCCAGGGAUACCGUUACAUGCAGUACAACUACUGGGGAGGAAAGGAGGCUUCCGCAACCAAGGACGCGUUCGAGACUGUUCAGAAGAAGGCUGAUGCCAUCGAGGCCAAGGUCGAGACCAAGGUCAAGGAGGCUGUUGGCAAAUAA